UAUCCGAAAAACAAAAAAACUCCCUUAUUAUGCAAUGUUCUACAUCAUUCAGUUGCAGUCAAGCCUGGUGAGUAUUUUUACUUCAUAUUCAUUAUUGAGUUGUAACUUUGUUACAAAGCCACAAGGGUAUAAUUAUUUAUCUAUUUAGAAACAAAAUAUAUAAAUAUGAAUUCAACAUCACCUUCAGUUAAUCUGAAGAUAAUUUGUAGUACUCCAAACACAAAAAAAGUACACAGUUUUGAAGUUACCCCAUUAAUAAGUCCAAUAAAAACACAAAUUCAAGAACAAAGUUAUAAUUUGCCAACUGAUUCAUAUUAUGAUGGAGAUUGUGUCUUGAAUAAUCAAAAUAUAGCAAAAAAUAAUAUUUUUCCAUACAACAAACACAUAUUGACAUUACCAAGAAAAUUAGAACUUAGCGGCUUUGAAAUCUUAAAUUCUUCACAACAAACAGAUAAUAGUGAACAAAAUGGAGACAUACAAAAGCUGAAUUAUUCAGACAGUAGACAGAGUGAAAUAUAUUUUAUUAGUAGGGAUCCUAAAAAAUUUCAAUACAAAAAUUAUAUUUCAAAAUCAAACAUAAGUAAUUUAAGUAAUGUGUCUAGUGAAAAAUCAUAUAACAGAAAAAAAAAAAAAAUUAACAGUAGAAAUAUAAGUUCAGCUUAUUUUGAAGACAAUUCAAAAAAAGUAGAAUUCCCAGAGUCAGAUUUUAAGAAACCAUCAAUCGUAUUUACAAAUAAAAGUAGUACAGUAUUAAAACAAAGUUUAAGUGAAAAGAUUAAAAAAAAUUCUUCACUUUUCAAUAAGAAUAGGUUAGUAAGUGAAUCAAUAACAAGCCCACCAAUUAAUAUAAAAACAUCAAACCCAAAACAAACUAAAUACAACAACCAGCAAUCAACUUCAGAAUCAUGGAGUAGGAUAAGUGAAACAUUCAAUGAGAUUUCAUUUUCUGAUUUCGAUAAGACAUCACAAACAGAAACAAUGACGAAACACAAUCAAAGUAAGAGCAUGCAUCAUAAUGAAAUAGAACAAGAUUCAAGUUUAAAGUAUUACGAUACACGGGAAAAAAAUGCGAAUAGUUGGUGUGUGGAAUCACAAAAUAAUAACAGAGAAGAGGAUAGCAUUUCAAGUAUUAAUUCUUCCCCAAAAGUUGCUAAUGAAUUUAAUAAUUAUGAAGAUCAUAAAAUAUAUGAGCCGAGUAUGUCUCAUUUAAGUUUGCCUACAUUUACUGAUACUAUUUCAUUAAACUCAACAUUGAAUUCAGAUAAACUAGUCUCCAUUCAACAUCAAUCUAUAAGUUGGUCAGAAGAUAGUUCCAAUGCAAUUCAUUAUGAAGAAAACUACAUAAAGCAAAAUAAUGGUACUGUAGUAAUUAAUAACACACUCUCCGAAGAGAUACAAUUUACAUCAAAAGAAAAUAUAUCCAUGAGUUUUUCAUCAGAAAAUAACUCAUCAAUAUUUUCUACAGCAGACAGUCUGGCAUACAUAUCAAAUUUUAAUGUGAGUAUAAAAAUAUUAUAAAUUUAUUUUUUAGAAUUAUUCAUUAAAAAAAAAAAAAAAAUUUUUAGGAAAACUUGGAAUAAACUAUUUGGAAAAUUCUAAGACACAGGAAUCAUAAUAGAAAGUAUAAGCGUCACAUUUAUUUUAGUAAAAACUAAAAAGUAUAAUUUAUUUUGCUUUUAUUAACAAAUAAAAAUUUGUACUACACGAUAUAUAAAAAAAACAUACAAUAUAUUAAUACAGAAUAAUAUUGUUUAAAAAUACAAAAGCAAUUUUUAAUAUUAACAAUAACAGUAUAUUAAGCAAGGUAAUUAUCUACAGUUUUAUUUA